UGGCCGGUCUCCGUCGCCAAUAGACGAGCGGCAAGCGCGGCGGUAUCGCACAGGCGACCAGUCAGCAAAACGUUUCUUCCGGAGGACGCACCAAUAGGGAAGCGCAGUGGCGCUGUCCAAUAAACUGAACCCUACUUAACGGAAGGCUAUAAGAAGGCUGGGUACAGGGCCUCCCGCCUCACUUCGCUACAGAGCACCGAGCGACGGGCGGCGUCGUGCAUAUCGGAGCGAGGCGCCAUGUCUGGCCGGGGCAAGAGCGGCGGUAAGGCCCGAGCUAAGGCCAAGUCUCGCUCGUCCCGCGCUGGGCUGCAGUUCCCGGUCGGGCGCGUUCACCGGCUGCUGCGGCGCGGGCACUACGCGGAGCGGGUGGGGGCCGGCGCGCCCGUCUACCUGGCGGCCGUGCUGGAGUACCUGACAGCCGAGAUCCUGGAGCUGGCGGGCAACGCGGCGCGCGACAACAAGAAGACGCGCAUCAUCCCCCGCCACUUGCAGCUGGCAGUGCGCAACGACGAGGAGCUCAACAAGCUGCUGGGCGGCGUCACCAUCGCGCAGGGCGGCGUGCUACCCAAUAUCCAGGCCGUGCUGCUGCCGAAGAAGACCGGCGGCGGCGUGGGCUCCGCCAAGGCCGGCAAGAAAGGCAGCGGACAGCAGUCGCAGGAGUACUAAGCCGGCCGGCCGGCCGCCCCCCGGCGCCACACAAAGGCCCUUUUCAGGGCCACCCACCUUGCUCACCGAGAGAGCUGCCAUCCGCGGGGGGUGAUGGGGGGGAGGGUGCGCGGCUCUGUCGUGCCUGGAGGCGGUG